UGUGUAAAUAAACCCGGCAACAAGCGGCACGAAACGGCUUGCAUCCUCCAUGAAUCGUAUCGGUUUGGUGCGUUUGGAAAAAGUACCAUGAAUCUGAGGGGCAAGGAAAAGUACAAUUCCGUUAACCAUUUGACUGGGCUAGCGCAGUGUCUGAUCGAUAGGAAUACAAUCAUUGAUCUUCGCAAUGAAACGAUGGUGGCAGGAACGAUCGUCGACGUCGAUGGGUACAUGAACGUAACGAUGGAAAAUGCGGUCUACGUCGAUCAACUAGGGCGGCAGUAUCCGUUGGACAAUUUUAUGGUCUACUCCAAGUACAUUAGAUACAUACACAUUCCGAAAGACGUUAAAAUACUUCCAUCGUUUGAGAAUUAUUUGAGCUCAAUGGCGGGUCCGCAACGUGGCGAAAAGAAGAAGCUUACAUUCAGAGAAAAGCGGACCAAAAUGAGUAACCUCAACACGAUGAUGGAAAACAACAUGACGAGCAGCAGAUAGUGCAGGAAUUUUAAGAGAAUUAUACGUUUAUUGCCAUCGUCACUUGCGAUUUAUGAUGCUGUAGGGUACGGCAGCAGUUGCCUUACUCUGAAUACUCUUCAUAGAAAGAAGAAAAAAUACAAUCGAGUACGAAAAAUACA